UUUAUUUGUCAGUAAAAUGAGGUGAUACGGUUUGAUUAUAUUUGUUUUUGUAAAGAUGAAUUAUUAUCUUCAGUUAUUUGUGGUGUUUUUGGGACAGAAGAUUGUACUUUCAGAAUAUAGGAGCUUUUAUUACUCAGAAGAGAAACACGCCUAUGACGGUGGAAAGUUUAUUACUAGGAUUGAAUUUUAUAAAAAACCGGAUAAUCAGUGGGCAGCAUCUGAUUACUUUCACGACACUAAAGUGCGCUGUUUCAAAUUUUGUCAAUAUAAACCUGAGAGUAUCACACAACCUGGUUGUGUAUUUUGUCCAUAUGAGUGUGCAUAUUGCGGUCAAAUAGACUAUAGUGAUAAAGGAAGUAGAGAUCACCUAACUGAAAGGAAUACUUGCGUUUUUUACAACAUAUGGCACUUUGAUAAGUUAGCACCAAGUGCGUAUGGCAAAGCUUGCGUAAAAAUUGACUACUGCACGGUCAAUGGAACAUCUCCGUGCCAGAACGGUGGCAAGUGCAUGCUGGUCUACUACUCAUACGUAUGCCAAUGUGAUACUUCCAAAUAUUACGGCAAUAACUGUGAACAUGCGAUACCUUCAGGACAAGAAAAUAAGCUAGCAAGUGGAAUACAGUUGUGGAUUCCAACUUCUGUUGGGUAUUACAGAUAUUACCCAGCUAUCGUAACGUCUCUUUUCGACGGCGAGAAAGUUAAAUACGAGCUUUUAACCAAACAUGGUUAUGAAAUUAUGCUGGAUGAACGAAAUAAAAUUCCUUUUUGCUCAUCGGAACCGGAUCAGUGUGGCUGUAAGGAAGGUUGCAAACAUUUUUACACCGGAAAUUUACUGCAUGGUACGGAAUUUAUACAAAGGCACUAUUAUAUGAUACCUAACUUACAAGUUGACAAUCAGACUAGAAUUGGAUUUCAAAGUCAUGUAUCAAUAGAGGCGUAUAACGAGGGCUUCACAACACCUGUGUAUCAAGAAAGAAGAAUGGUAUUUGUUAGAAAUUUCGUACAUAAUAUGUUCACUGAUCCAAUAGACCGAGGAUUUAAUAUUUAUAUGUUCCAAAUUUCUGACAUCAUAUGCGCGACUUCAUACAAACGUGCAGCUGUUUUAGACGCAUCCAAAAUUAACGAGAUAUCAACGUCAUUCGAAUACGCAAGUAUUUGCCACCAAGUUGCACAUGGAGCCCCGAUCGGUACGAAUAAUGAAAACUAUAUCCCUGUUGUUACAUACUACAUUUUAAAAUUUUCCGACCUGCCUUUCAUUCAUGAGGCUAUUAAUUUUAAACACAGUGUCUACACCGGGUGUGCAUCAGAAAUGAAAUGUCUUGUACCAGCAAAUACUAUCCCAGAUAAUUUAUAUAUGAUCAUGGUAGGCACGGUAAAAUUUAAAAACACUCCCGCCAAAGGCUAUGGAUACUGCUACUCGAAGUUCUUUACACCACCCUCAGCAAAAUUUGCAAUAAAUGGGGCGAAAAAUAUUUCAAAGCGCUAUGAUGAAGAUAAGGUGAUCGAGACGAAAGGCGGUGAUACCGGUGGGACGUACACUUGGAAAUGCUUAGUAGAAGAUCCUUCUUACAAACCCUGUGCAUCGAAAUCGGUCAAAGAACGCACCUUUCGCAUAUAUGGUGAAACCUUGGAUCCAGGAAAAUAUUUGUUCGAAGUGGAGUUCGAUAAUGGGCGAAUGAAACAGACCGACUGGAUUGAAAUUACUGUCGAAGACCCCAUAACAACAACGACCACUACAACAACCACGACAACUACAACAACCACGACAACUACUACAGAAGCGACUACCACAACUGUUAAAGUAACAGGAACUCCCGAGCAACCAACUGGCGCAGGCCUCCCAACUGCAGCUACUGAACCUGAAAGCACAACUACAACAACCACGACAACUCCAACAACCACAACUCCAACAACCACGACAACUACUACAACCACGACAACAGAUGCACCAACACCACCACCAAAACGGUGGAAACCUAUAGGCAUGGAUUGUUUGGUUAACUGCAACCACUUUAGAGAACCAAAUAAAGAUAUAGAACUCAUCGUCUACGAAUUUGAUCAAGACAAUCAACGCCAGCCGACACAACAAAUGUUAAGGUGGGAAAUGUCAGUUGAAGGGGGACCACGUCAUGAUGCAAACGUUUACUUGAAACCCAAUCGUGACAGCCACGAACUGACAAUUGACCAUACAAAAUUAGAAGACGGAAAGACUUACAUUCUUCAUGCCGUAGAUGAAGACGGACAUGUAACAUUUUCAUAUCCAAUACAAUAUUUGAAGGACAAGCCCCCGGAAGGUGGUCAAUGCGAAAUCAAUCCCACGAGCGGCAUUAAAGGCGAAACUAGGUUCAAAAUUGAGUGCUGGGGGUUUAUUGAUACUCAAGGAAACCUUGUAUACGAGUUUUUUGACAACUCACCAGAGGAAAAUAUCCAUUAUGAUGGUAGGAUGAUGGGUACAUCCAGAUCAGGAAGGUACUCUGCAUUCAUGCUUACAAGGGGGUCUGUAAAUAUCCACAUUAUCAACUCAAAUGGACUAUCAACUAUUAAAACAUUACAAGUAUCGCUAACUGAACGCUCGGACGGGUACGGCGCAGAAUACAUUAAGGAACUUCUUGGAGAAUCAAGCUCUUACAUUUCAAAUUUGCAUUAUCGUACUGCUAGGAUGAUAUCAGUCAUUUCAGAGAUCCUGCGCGAAGAAGACAAGAAGGAUACUCUAGAUCAGUUAAUCGAUCAGAUGUCAAGGGUGUCUAUCAUAGCUGCCCCGGACAUGUUCCUGUCCCUUUCAACAAUGAAGAUUCUGCUCCGCGAAGUUACGCACAUGGGUAUAAUCAAACUGGACCACAGGCUUGUUUAUAAUGUUGCGCAGAUAUUGAAAAAUAUCGCACACAAAUAUGCAUCAAUAGCUUUCGAUAGUACUCACACUCCGAAACUGAAACCAAUUGAAAUUCAUCAACUUUCAAAGAACUUUUUAGACUGUGUUGACAUCGCAGUCCUUGCCCGUGAUGAAAGUAUAACGCUUGCCCCAGAAGAAGAUGUUGACUAUAAAGCUUUGAAUAAUCUGAAAAGAGCAUCAGCGUGUCUAGCUGAGGUAAUACAAAUUUCAGUAAGAGUGGUAAGCCAUUUCCAGACUGCUGGAGACACAAGGACUGAAUUUCCGUCACAUGAAAAACUUUCACAUGUGUGGGCAGCUAUUGAUCAAGCAGACGUUUUAAGUGACAAGAAAGGAUGAAGACAUGCGUGUUCAAAUGGAUAAAAAAUUGGCAAAUUCUUUCCGGAUGGGUCUCGAUUUAACACUGCACUAUGCCACUUUGAAGCAAAAUCUUUUCUGGUGGGCUAGAAGUUAUAUAAAUACCGAUAUUGUGUUCAUGGAGUUAGCCCAGAAGGUGUUGGGUCACGUGUACCAUGCUGUGCCAGUCUUACAUAAGCCGAUAGAUA